UUCAUCAAAUAAAAAUUUCCAAAAUUUGUAAAAAAAUGAAAGUAAAAAAGCCAAAAACUGAUCAAAAAGAUGAUCCAGAAGUCAAGACCGAAGUUACUGAAAAACCAGUUAAAAUUGUCGAUGGAUCCAUCUUUAAAUAUUUCAAUGAUUUAACAAAUGAAAAUGAAAAAGUACGAAUCAAUGCUGGAAUACAAUUAUUGCAACAGUUAUCAAAAUCUCAGGAUGAAGAAAAACGCAAAAAAGAAAUUUCGUAUUGUUUGAAACGAUUGGUUCGUGGUGUUGGAGCGUCCACGUCUGCUUCACGUACCGGGUUCUUUACAACACUAGUUGCAUUUCUUCAAAAUACAACUAACGAUGAUGUGACCCUAGAAGAUGUAAUUCAAGCAGUUCAAAAGGAGCUCAACGUUGGUACUUCCAUAUCAAACAAGGAAGAUGCCGAUGCGUUUGUUGGAAAGAUUCUUGUCUGUGCAGCAGUUCUAAGAUCUGGCCGGCUAAGUCAAGUCAAUGCUGAGAGUCUAGAACAAAUAACAAAUAUUCUUGUACAAGCUUCACGACACCGAAUUUACCAUUGUUCUUUGGCAUAUUCUUUCCUAAUCGAGAUGAUAGAAAAGAUCACAAGUGAACAAUUCGAGCAAUCUGUGUGGCCCCUGUUGCAAACAGAACUCGGCAAACCUUGGACAAAACAGACAAUACAAACUGUUCAUUGCUUAAUUGUUGCCCAUCUUAAAUUUCCUUCUGUUGUGGGAAAACAAUUUUUCAAAAUGCACUUGGGUGGUUCGAAAUUGCUCAAUUCGGAGAGUGAGACACAUUUGUUGCGUCUUUUUGUCGCUAGCACAAAUUCCGAUAUCCUAACCCAUCCAGCAUUGGAAGCUUUUGGUUCCUAUGCAGCCACUUGCAGUGGAUUGGUUAGUUUCUUUGAAAAUCAUUUUGAUCCGUUGCUAGAAACUCCAAAUAAACUAAAAGAAGUUUUAUCACUUAAAUUCCUCACCGAUGUGCUAGCUCAUUUGGAUAACGAAAAAAUACCUGUUUCUCGACUUCUUACUCCAAAUUUUGUAAAAAUGAUUGUUGCUAGCUUAAAAACUACCAAGUUGAAGAAAGAUGAAACCUUAAAAGCUUUCUACUCGGAAUUCUUCGAAAACUUGUCAAAUUGCUGCUCAAAGGCUACUGAUGCAGAGCGUGUUGAAGUUGUCCACAAAUUAAUUCUUCAUCCUGGAACGUUUAAUAUUGAAAAAUUUACAACAAAUCGUAUUGUACAUCAAAUCAUUGGAUUUUUGGGUGAGACAGGUGUUCAAACCAUAUUCGAAACCUACAAAGAUAUAUUUCUUGAUCGCCGCCCCAAAAACGCCGAGAACAAAACGGAUACAUGGUUGAAUUUUGAAAGACAGAAUGCUGCGUACAUGCUUCAGCACUUGCUGUCGCAUAAGUCGGUCCAAAAGGAGUUCGAAUGGCGUACACAACAACUUCAAUUCUUUAUGACCAUUGGCCUCUUUAAUGUGGACAACUCAGGAGAAAUUUGUGCUCGCAAUGAGUCAGGUCAACUUCAAAAAGACUUCGGAGCUUGCAUGAAAAAUAUUUUCUAUUCAAGCUUGCAGUCUAAAGUACCGGCUUUAAAAGAUGAAAAAGCUGUUCUCCUGGCUUUGGUGGAGACUUGCAAUAAGUAUUUGCAAAAGAAAAAAGCUGCUCAAUAUUUCCGUCAGAAGAUUAAUGACAAAAUUAUUAAAGCUUGGAACGAAAUGUACAAUGAGGUUCAAAAUUCGAAGAAAUUGCACGGCAAUGAGAAAAAAUUGCAACUGGUAUUCCACAUACUUCUGCUGCAUAUGGGCCUGCAACUGUUCCGGGAACCUGAAAUGGCUGAAACAGCUAUUAUAGAUUUAGAAAAGUGUAUGGCAAAGACCAAGGGGAAGAAGAAAUCCAGUGAAGAUUCAGAACCUGAGUGGAUUGAAGUGGUUAUUGAUUUGUUUUUGCAUUUACUGUCUCAGAACGCCAGCGCCCUUAGGAAUAUAGUGAACACGGUUUUCCCUCAUUUGUGUGACAGUUUGAACUUGACGGCAGUUCAUCAAAUUCUGGCCAUGCUGGACAUGAAGGACGGACAGAAUCCAUUGAGUGGUAAGAACGAUGACGAGGAUGAAGACGGUGAGGAGGAAGAGGAAGAGGAAGAAGAAAAAGAAGAUGAAGACGAGGAUGUUUCUGAAGACGAUGAAGACACUAAAAGCGCUUCAGAGGAUGACGAAGAUGAUGAAGAAGAAGUCGAUGAUGAAGAAGAAGAUGAAGAAGUCACAGCUUCAGAUAAGCUUCGCAAUGCGAUAUCUCUUGCUCUAGGCUCAGCAAUACCUAAGGACGAUGAUCAAGAUUCAAUCGACUUAAAUGACAUGACCGAGGAAGAAGGAAAAAAGCUAGACGAAGCCUUAGCUGCUGCUUUUGGAGCCAUGAAAAAAGCUGGUGGUGAUAGCCCAAAUAAAAAAUCAAAAAGCCAUCGAGUGCAAACGACGACAGUUAUGCACUUCCGCAUUCGAGUGUUGGACCUGCUCGAAAUAUACCUACAACACCAACCCAGUCUUCUCAUCACAAUUGAAAUAAUGUUAGCCCUCUUCAAUAUGCUAGAAUUCUGUACUGAUGAAGAACUCAAGCCGUUGCAGAUUAAAGUUGAAAAGACCCUCAACAAGUUAACUCUCGUGCGACAAUUUGGAUCAGUUCAGGACGUCACAGAAGAUAACCUAGUUGAUUUCAUCCGAUUAAUUGUUGAUAAGAAGGUUCAAUCUAUUGCAUUUGAUGUUCAAAAUCGAUUAAAGAACAAGUGUUGCACGUUUUUGAUUGCCAAUGCAAAACUUAUGAGUGAAGGUGGUAUGAAUAAUAAGGUUCUUUCUUUGCUUGUAGAAUACCUAGAAGAUUUCAUUAAAACACGAAACCCAGCUGUGAAUAUAACUUUGUACAGUGAUAUAUUCAAACUGCGCUGGCAAGGCGUUUGGACUCUGGCCAGUACUUUGACAGAAAAAGGUAUUGUCAUGUCGACACGAACUUUCCGACGAAUCCAAAUCAUUGAACUACUGGCAUUCGUCUAUAAGAAUCACGAACUUAUAAGUCAAAAUACAAAACUAGCAAAGAAGCACAUCAAAAACAUUGAAUCAGUAAUAUCCAAACACAUAGAUGAGAUAGCCAAAACUGAUAAUAUAUCUCAAAAAGAGUUUAAUUCAUUGGUGGAAUUGUUGACUGUUGCCAAACGCUGUAAUAAUAAAUUUUCUAUUGAUAAUAGUACAUUCAAUUCUUGUACAGAUCUUAUUCAAGAAAUACGAAGAAGACUUAAGUUAGAUGCGGCACAGAGCUAUCAUAAGUUUUGUAGUGCAUAUGAUCUUAAGCCAUUUAAGAAUGCCGCACAAGUACAAAAUGGGCUAGCAAAUGGUAAUAUUUCGAAAGAAGACGAAGAGGAAGAAGAUACCGAAGUAAACGGUAAAGCAUCUAAAACGGAAAAAAUCAAAAAACGAAAAAACUCUGAUUCAGCGACGACGGAAUCAUUUAAAAAGGGUAAAAAGUUGAAAAAAGAAGAACGAAUGAAAGCGUUUUCUGCAGGUCUAAAUGGUGGAUUUAACUUUGAUAGCACGGCGCAAGAGGAUGUUGUGAUAUCAGACGGCCUGCCGAAUAAAGAUGAAAGUGAUUCCGAGUAGCCAAUGCAAUAAGCUUAUGUUUCUUUCGUUUCUAGUUUUAACAAAAUGUUAAAAAAACAAAAUAAAAAAAAAUAAUUCUGUAAA